AAAGCAAUUACGAAAAUUGCUUUAUGAAAGGGAUUCAAGGACUCUCACUUAAGGGCUUAAUUUGAACUAAAAGCAUUAGCUGAUAACUUAACAAAAGUGUUUUCUUAAUUAUUAUAAUGGACUUGUACAAUUAUGAUAUUUUAUUCGAGUCAUCAAAACAACAAAUGAGCGCGUUUUCUGAAUUGGUAGUUUGCGUCAAAAUUGUUGAGUCGAUAUAAAUACGCGUCCAAGUUAAGCUAUGGCUAAACCUGAAUUCCUUUCGAAAGAUAUUUUAGAUGAGGAGUAUAUUAAAUCCUUUGAGCCUUUCCAUCAUCUCCAAAUGGCACUAGGAUCGUGUCGUGUAAAUAUUCGUGACAGAUUCGUAAGCUCACCGACUACCGCGCAAAAGAUUUUCUCUGUCUGUUGUGUUAUCAUCACAUUGGUCCUAUACAUAUAUACCACUACAUCAUACUUUAUUCGAUACUACGAUUUCGCCGGCAUCUACGUCACAAGUAUCAUUAGCAUUGUCAUGUAUUACAUAACAUUUUUCCUUCACAUAAUUCAUGUAAGAUUUAUCAAUUGCAAUAGUAACCCAAGAUUUUACAUUCAACUUCAAGAAAUCGACCGUCUCAUGAACGUAAACAAAAAUGAGAAGUUAAACAGAGUCUUGUAUUUGAAUAACGCGGCAUCAGCGGGCGUUUCAGUACUUGUAUUACUGAUGGCAUUUUGUUUAACAAUGUAUGAGAAUGCACAUUUUUUUAUGGGAAUCGUUGGACUUCUAUACAGUGUUUUAACAUGCAUUGUAGAAUGGAUGUAUUGUGCAGAUUUGUUAGUGUAUUUCUUUUUAAGAAUACGGUUUAUCAAUGCAAUUAUUAUCAAUCAUCUUCAGGGUACAGUCGGUCCUUUGAAACACAGGGCCAUUAAUUUACCUACAUAUUAUUUUAUACGUUGCUUAGCCUCUGAAACACAUGAUUUUCAGACUUGUUGUGUUGACUUGUACCUUAAAGCUCUGUUUGAAGGAUUUACAUCAUUUCAAAACCAUUACAGGUUUCAAAUGCUUUUAUUUUGUAACCAAUUUGUACUACUAUCUUUGCUGACAUUUGAAAUCGGAUUGGGAGCACUUCAAUAUAAUGCACUUCGCUGGUCGGAAUUAAUAACAUUGCCAACAAUUUUAAUUUGUAAUACACUACUGGCGAUAUUCCUUUGCAUUCGUUGCGAAGUAUUUUACCGUGAAACAAAAAAGACGAAACGUUUAUGUAUUACCAUGAUGUCUCGAUAUUGUGAUGGACCUUUAAGAGAUAAAGCUAAAAGGAUCUUAAAAAUCAUUGAACAAAGACCGGUCAAAUUCAACGUGUACAAUAUGUGGUCCAUGAAUGCGUUAACAGUUAUUAGAAUGCUUAAUAUCGUUACUACAAUGAUGGUGGUCUUACUCCAAUUUACGUUUCUUUAAAUUAUGAUAUUAUGGAAAAAUUUGAAAUAUUAGCUAAAAGGGUCACCAGAUCUAGAAAAUAGUAAAAUAUAUUAUGGUCUUUGAUUUACAAGCAGUAAAUGUGGUAACGAAAAAUUUACCCUACAGAAUGCGGUAAUUUAGUGUUGCCAUUAAUAUUUCUUCAUUAAUUUUUGUAGUCAUGGAGAAACAUUGUUCGGUGAUAAAUUGGGA